UUUAUUUUGUUUAACAUUUUCAUAGUUAUCGAUAAAUGAUUGGUAGCUCCCAUUACUUUAGCCCCAUUUCGUAUGAAAGUUGGCAGCUCCAAAAUAUUUCGUAAAUAUGUCACUUCAUUUGUUAUGUCUAACCACAAAUGGAGGUUUACCAAUAUUCACACGUAAAAAGGGCGAAUGUGAUAAUCUGCCCUUUUCUACAGUGGCCUCACUGAAUGGAUUUCAUAUGUUUUUUAAAUCACUUGGUGUUACAUUGCAAACAACAUACACAGAAGAUUGGAUAUAUGUGUGGCGCGACUUUCAGAAUGUGAUUACAAUAAUUGUAUGUGGGCGCGAUAUGUCCGAGAAUGCGUUACAGUAUUUGUCAGAAUUGGUAUUUAGUGCAUUUGCAUUGUUUAUUAGCCAGGAUGAGCUAGCACAUCCAGCAUUAUUAGAACGAAUGAAAAAAGAAGCUAAGAAUUAUAUGCCUAUAGUUGAUGCGGCGUUGGAAGCGAAUAAUACUCAGAUUUUGGGUUAUACUAACUGUGUUCUAGCUACAGAGAAUGCAGCACUUUUGCAGCGUUUGAAUGACUUUAGUAAUCAAUGCGGUUCACUGUUUUGCAGUUUAACAGUUGGCCAAAACAUAAUUGUUGGUACUGAAGGCUGGUGGGAUUUAGAUCCAAUAGAUAGAGAAUUACUUCUGUUAUUAUUAAAUUCAUCAAGUACAAUGCAAAACGAUGUGCCUGUGUAUUUGCCAAAGAAGAGUCCAAAUGUUGCAUAUAGAUUUGUGAGCAUACCAAUCGCACCAAACUGUGUGCUUUGUGUUAUUUGUGGUGCAGAACCUUCAUACAGAGAGUUGCAUACAAUGGCGCAAAAUAUGUUUCGAACUGAAACUACAUUAUUACAAAAUGUGGAUCGUUGCGUAGCACGCAGUAUUCCAGAUACCAUUGAAGUCGAUGCUAAUAUAGUAGCAAUAUUGCUAGUUAAUACAAAUACGCACAAAUGUGUUUUUACACGAAAUUUACACCAACAUGCAGCAAGUAAACGCACUGGUGGCGGCCAACGUUUUGAUAUAUUAAAGAAGUUCUUUGAACAAACAUUGGAAUCAGAAGCAUUUUUAGAAAAUGGUGCUACACUACAGCCAAAAAUAAUGGAACAAACUAUGUGUUCAGAUUAUCAUAAAUGCUAUGCUCAAUCCGAUGAAAUGCGCAAUAUUAUUUUUAUCCUAUUCGUAUCAUCUGUACCAACGCACCUAAUGAAAUUUAUUGCUCAAAAGGUCUUUACAGCAAUUAUGCAGGAUAAAACCGUUUGCUGGUAGCUAAAAUUUGUACAUAAAACUUCGCUCAUGAAUUCGUCCAUAGAGGCUUUUUAACAUUUACUAAUAUAUUAUAAUUAGUAAAAUGUGUAUGAAUGGAAUCCUAAAUAAAAUUUAUCUCUUCCUAAAAACUUGGUUUUUAAAGCUGCAAAAAUUAUCUAACUAUACAUUCCACCUAUAAGCACUCGUUUACUGAGAGCUGAACUGAAAUAAAUCCGUCCAUAAAAAUAUUUUGAGUUAUGCAAAAGGGGAUUUGAAUACUAUACUGCUAUUUGUAUAUUUUUUGUAUAUGAGUGUUUCCAGAACUCUGCUGCAUUUCUGGUACUGAAGUUCAUUAGAACACAUUGCAUAAGACACUCGAACUGCAGUGCUGCCUCAUCGAUUUGCUUACGUCGGUGCUUAAUCUUCCCAAAAAUUUGAACUGUUAUGCUGAAUUGUAUACUGAAAAAUGGAUACGUUUACAAUUAUUUUUUAAUGAAUUUAUUGACGUUUUCGAUUGGUAAAUCUGGAUUUAAUCAAAAUUUACUCUCGAUCUGUCGAAUUUUGUUAGUCACUUGAACAUUUUUAAAAUAAUCUAAAUUUAUGUAGUAGUGUUAGUAACUUAUGUCUUCAUAAAUACAUAUAACGAAUUAAAUCACACUUUAUUUGUCGGGACAGCAAAACAUCUAGAGUAUUGUAAAUUUUUCUAGAGUGUUAUACAUUUCGCUCCAGAUUUACCAAUCGAAAAUAAAAAUUGUACUAAUGUGAAUCACGAUAGUAAAAGUUAGAUUUAGAUUUAUGUUGUAAGUUAUAUAAUUACUUUGUAAUUAAUAAUUUUUAGCUGUAAUAAUUUAUCAAUUUUUCUUUAUUCUAAAAUUAUGUAUCUGAAAAAUAUAUAACUUUUAUUUGUGUACGAUCUAAGUUGAUUGUACAUUUUACUAAAAGUAGGCAAAGUUAUUUGCAGCUUGGCAAAUAUUAGCUGAAGCCAAAGCAUCAGGCCGUCAGUUUGACGAUAAGAAAUGCUGAUUUUUGAAAGGUUGCAAAAAUAUAUAUAGCAGCGUUAAUAAAUGAAAAUUUUGCGUAUUACGCAAAUUAUAAUUAUAAAAUUAUUGCAAAUCUAAAUGAGGUAAUUGGGACAUCUCUAAGGUUAUGAAAUUGUUAAACGUUAGGCAACGCAACAAGUUGGAUAUAUAAGAUUUAUAUAUAAGAAGUUAAAAUCUAAAAGACAUCAAAUUUUGAACUAAGUUUGCAAUAAAAAGUUUAAAUUAAGUUUUGAACUAAGUUUGUGAUAAGAAGUAUUUAUAAAUAAA